AUGGCAAACUUCGUUGUUGGAAACGCCUUCAUGAAUACCGCUCCUCAAUUGCCGCCAGGCGUGGCUCCUCAGGGUGCUGCUCAAGCUGAGAAUCAGCAGGAACAAGCUCGUCAACAAGCAGAAAAUCAAGAAAAUGCCUUGAAUUCGAUACUUUCACAGAUUCUCGACCAACAGGCAUUAGUUCGUCUCAGUAACCUCGCAGCCGCAAAGCCUGAAAAAGCUAAAAUGGUUGAAUCCGCUGUCAUAAAUAUGGCCAAGUAA